GUUUAUAAACGUUGCGACGAAUCAAAAUCUAUUUAAACCUUUCAUCGAUCGGAGUUGGUUUCACUAACAAGCACACCUACGGAAAAUGGCGAGGGUUAUAAUAUCGAUUAUGACCCUAGUUGUCACCGCGACAGCCCAAAAUGUCAUUCAGGUUCCACCUCCUAACCUUCAACAAAUUGGACAACCUGAAUACACACCAAUCCAACCAUUCAACAUCGCUCCAGAUGGAUUCUACGGCUUCAAUCCCUAUUCCAAUGCCAUAGGACCGCCCCAGCAAGUUCCGUUUGCUGUCGAUCCGUACAACAGCAUUGCUCCUUCGCCAUAUAAUUAUCCAGUUCCUGCUAAUGCUCAUCCCGCUUUCCAAAACCAACCCUUCCCACAGUUUCCCGGUUUUCCGCAAUUGCCUCAGUUCUUCCCUCAAUUCCCUGGUCCUUUUCAACCAGGCGUUCAGUCAGUUAUCCCACCACAUGCAAUCCAGCAGGGGCCACCCCAAGCGAACCCUCUAGCUGCUGUGUCCUACAUGAACUUCCAAACGCAACAGGCCACUCAGCCCCCGCAACCAUUGCGACCGGCCAUUGCCCCUGCUCAGGGUGUUAACGGUCUACCGAAACCUGUGAGCACCCCGAAUGUAAACAGCAACAAUCAAGCCUAUGGGUCUUCUUACGGGAUGUAUGUUCCGGCAGGGGCAGCACCAUCAGAAGCAACAGCAACAACAACAGCAGCAGAAGGGUCAACUAAGGGAGCGCGUUAUGAGGCCGUGAGUGGCGAUACCGUUCACACCGCUACCCUUCCAGGGCAUGAGAAGGACUACAAGGUGGUGAGCGGACACGCAGCACCCGUCGACGUUGCUGUGCCGGUAUCGAAGAAGCAGUAAUUUGUGGAGACAAUAGUGAAAUUUAGUUUUAUGUGUAGUGAUAAAAAUGUACAAUAGAAUAUAGAGUGGUAGAUCUAUUGCUUAAGGUUUUUUAAUCAUGACCAGAUUAGGGAAAUCUAUCUUCGAGGAGUAAAAGAAAUUAACUAUCGACUCAGAAGAGCUUCUGACUAAGGAGUGACAUUAGAAUACAUUGAACUCUGGUUAUAUGGAAAUUUGAAAAACACAUUCUUUGAAAUUAUCAAAUUUUCCGGACAAACGAACCGUACUGGUUCCGUUCACGCGUUUUAGAUUCUCGGUGUGUUCUAUUUGAUAUCUCAGUAGAUUCGCUGAGUCGAUAUUAUUUCCUGCAUUACUUUUUCAAGCUCAAAUCGUCCGAUUAGAACAAAAUUUUGAAUGUUAUAUCCUUGCCCCGAAAAAUAUCCCUAAGGCCCGAUGAGACUUACCCACCAAAUCGAAUAUUUCUCUGAAAUUUAAUUAUAUAUGCCAAAAUUGUCCUGAGGGGAACAA